CCAUGGGCGGGAUGGGUGGAUGAGCAAUCGCAAUCGCAAGCGCAGGGGACGAAGAACUGGGGCCAUGCCGUGGAGCUGGAGAUAUGUCGCGAUUGGAGCUCCACGUCCAUGGGGUCAUUCAAGACGCUUGGAGCUUGCGUGUCCAAUCUCUCGAUCUUUUGGCCGAUAACCGCGAUUCCACCACUGCCUCAUAUUGGAGGACAAGCUCUCCCCAGCCGCGCAUGGCGAAUCUAGACGGUACUGCUGCUACAGUGGCGCUCCUCAUCCAUGAUCCUCCACGGCGAGAGCUGGACGAUGAUCUCGAUCCUGGGAAGAGCAAGACGAGAAGAUCAAUCGUGGGCUUUCUCCACGGGCACAGAAAGGACAUCGCGAUCGCGCUGGGGCCUCUGUGCGCGCUGCUCAUCCUGGCAUUCGUGCGGAUCGAUGGCGCCCACGAAGAAUCAUCCAAUGUCAGCGCCGGGGAGAGCAAGAUCGCGCCCAUGCUGGCGAUCCUGGCGUGGGUGUGCAUCUGGUGGAUCACCGAGGCGAUUCCAGUCGGGAUCACGUCCAUGCUCCCGCUGGUCCUCCUGCCGCUCUUCCAGAUCAUCCAGGCCGACGAGAUCGCGCGAGCCUACAUGAACGACACCAUCACGCUCUUCAUCGGCUCCUUCAUCCUGGCGCUGGGCGUGGAGCGCUACCAGGCGCACAAGCGCUUGGCGCUCAAGACGCUCCUCCUCUUUGGCGGGCGAUCCAUGGCGCCGCGAAUGCUGCUGCUGGGAUUCUGCGUCGGCCCGGCAUUCAUCAGUAUGUGGAUCUCCAACAGCGCCACCGCGAUCAUGAUGGUGCCCAUGUCCGCGGGAGUGAUCAAGCGCUUGCUCGAGCCGGACACUCCCUCGCUCGAAUCCAUCCAUGUCGUGGAUGUGGAUCCACAGGCGGCGCAGGCGGUGGCAUCUGCUGGCGACGAUCCGGAGAGCCGGCAGGAGAUCCGCGAGCUCCUGCGACGCAUCUCCUCCAAGGCGCUCACAACCCUAGAUGGAAGAACCCUAGAACAGGGGAGCGGUACCAAUGGCGCGGUGGCAUUCCACGCGCGGCAGUACGCGCGGGCGAUCGUGCUGGGGAUUGGAUUCUCGGUGAGCAUUGGCGGAUUGACGACGCUCACGGGCACGGGCACGAAUCUGGUGUUCUUGGGGAUCUGGAACAGCUGCUUCCCCAGCGCUGCCGCUGUGAGCUACCUCCAGUGGUUCAUGUUCGCGUUCCCGCUGGGCGUGGCCAUGGUUUUGUUCUGCUGGAUCAUGCUGUGCGUUUGCUACUGCCCUCGCUCGGCCACUCCCACCAUCUCUUCCAGGCUCAAUCGCUCCAGCAUCGAGGAGGAGCUCAAGUCUCUCGGAUCAAUCAGCUUCGCGGAGACCACUGUGCUUACUCUCUUCGUUGUGCUCGCUGUGCUAUGGUUGACACGAUCCCUGGGAACAUCCUUUGGCUGGGGGCGAUUCUUCCAUGGCUAUGUGGACGAUGGGACUGUCAGUGUGGUGAUGGCAGUGUUCCUCUUUGUCAUUCCAAACAGGCUAGUGCCUGGAGAGAGGCUGCUCGAUUGGUCUCACUGUAAAAAGCUUCCAUGGGACAUCGUUCUUCUCUUCGGUGGAGGAUUUGCACUGGCUGCUGGAUUCAAAGCGAGCGGACUGUCCGCGUGGGUGACACAACACUUGAACUUCCUAGACGACGCUCCGUACUUGCUACUCGCUCCAGUGGUGGCGGUGUUCGUGAGCGCCACCACCGAGUUUACGUCCAACAACGCCACCGCCACCAUCUUCCUCCCGCUGCUCGCCAACGCCGCCACCUCCAACAACAUCCACCCGCUGCUGCUCAUGAUCACGGGCACCAUCGCCGCAUCCUUUGCGUUCAUGCUGCCAGUCUCCACGCCGCCGAUGGCCGUGGCGUUCUCGACCGGGCACGUACGAAUGCCGGACAUGGUUCUCACGGGAUUCCUUCUCAAGUUGGUCGGCAUACUGCUGCUCUUCGCGCUGAUGCCCACGCUCGGAAGUUACGUGUUCCACCUCAACGCACCAUUCGUGAGCGUGCUUGCAACUUAAGCGACACGAUUCCCCGGCUGCGUGUCGGUCCUGUGAGAUCUAGUGGCGUGUCAAGCAAGAGAAUCGAGAAAGCUGCCGCGAAGUGGUGGUGGCGCUCUUUGGCGCUCUUUCUUUGGCCGAUCGAUGUGGAGUGGAAGCUCACUUUUAGACCGGAUUGUCAACAAGUUUAGAAAAAGCGCAAGAGAUAUUCCAGACAAGGAAAGAUAAGAUCACGAUCAUCGUGGUUUGUUUGUUUGAUUGAGCGUCGUCUUUGCAAAGUCGUUAAUGCCAGGAGACUUUAGCUUUCU